AUGCUAAUGGGUGCUCCAGUGAGUUGGGGCGGCAAGAAGCAGCCAAGUGUGUCACUGUCUACAAUUGAAGCGGAGUACAUUGCGCUAAGUCUGGCAAUUCAAGAAGGCAAGUGGAUCCACCGCUUACUAUGCGAGAUCAUGGCGGCUGCUAACGAGGACGGACCCGAGCUCAUGAUCCGCAAAGCCAAACAGUCCUGCAUCAAAAUGACCAAGAAUCCGGUCAACCGCGGCCGCGCCAAACACAUUGAUAUCAAGUACCAUUGCAUUCGCGAUGAAGUCAAGCGCAGAAAAGUGAAGCUUGAAUACUGCGAGACGACGGUGAUGUUGGCAGACAUUAUGACCAAGGGACUUCAUGGACCGCACCACAAGGACUUAACGGCGGUGCUGGGCAUCUAUAAACGUUCGGAUUGA